AUGGUUACAAGAGCUUUGUCACUUGAUUCUUCAAUACAUCCCAAACUAUCUCUUGCUUCGGAUGUAACCGUUGGUAUCCGAUUAGAAUCCCGUCUUAACGUAACUCCUGUCCCUCAUAGUUUCCCACUUCGAUACAAUGUGACACCUUUAUCAAUGUCCAAACCUAGGAUACUAACUCGAUAUGUUCCUGGAUCGGAGUCUAGGCGGUAUCUACGCAAUCACAUUGUUCGCACUUCCAAGGCAGGUCAAUCUGAGCCACCUGAUCCCAGCUGUAGGUCCGAAUUGUGCUCUUGCUCUGAGCCUGCAUUUGAGCUCUCCGAUCCAUCACCUUCUCAGGAUACCUUAAAAAAUGACAAAGCAAAAGCAGCAAAUGCUCAUUUGAAUUUACUUUGUCGUCGAUUUAUCACCUCUCGACUCCAGAGACUUCAAAAGCGGAAGCCAUCUGGAUUACCGAAAACUCGUCGAAGAGCCUUUCCCGGUUCACUGGACAUAACUGCAGACAAAACUAAUAUAAAACCAGUGUUGGCUGUCCCUACUUCUCUCAUACUCGAUCGCGAGCCUACUGCUACUUGGCGAGGACUCCAUUUUUCAACUUCUGAUUCAUUUCAUUCUUAUGCAUUAUCAACAUCUGCAUCUAUUCCUGGAUUUCAGUGCUACUCUUCUGACUCCCCGCACAUACUUGGACUUCGCCCAUUCAGAACGAAGUCUGAGGCAAGUUUAAAUUUUAUUGAUCUUCGUGGUAGUCCUUUCUGUGGCUAG